AUGUCUCGUUCAGGAACCACUCUCUAUGUCAGUGGCUUUGGCCAUGGCACCCGCGCCCGCGAUCUUGCCUACGAGUUCGAACGCUACGGACGUCUCGUUCGUUGUGAUAUUCCGGCACCGCGUACCCCAUCGAGCCGCCUGUUCGCUUUCGUUGAGUACGAGAGCCGCCGUGAUGCCGACGAUGCCUAUCAUGAGAUGCACAACAAGCGAAUUGGGCGCGAUGAUCUUCUCAAGAUCGAGUGGGCCCGUACGCCGCCUUCGGCGUCCUGGAGAUUCGACUCCGGCCGGGACCGGGACCGCCGUCGGGACCGCACCCCCCUCGCCGUGGCCGUUCCCCAUCGCCUCGCCGCAGCCGUGGUGACUAUUCCCCUCGUCGGGAUGACCGGUACGAACGAGACCAUGACCGCCAUGAUCGGGACUCUGACCGCCGGGACCGUGACUACGAUCGUCGGGAUCGCGACUCUGAUCGCCGAGACCGACGACAGAGACCGACGCGAGGAGGACCGAGAGCGGCGCGACGAAGAGCGUGAAAAUGGACCGAACGGCGAAGAGAGGAAAGUACCCCUGGACCCUAUGCCUACCGCUCAUGAUGAGCUUGAUACUGCUGACAGCUCGGAUACCACCGAAACGAACGUCGAGCGAUUACUUGAAGCCCUCGCCCGUCGAUCGUCGUUCAUGAAUACCGUCCGCCAUCGUCUUACUCGCACAUUUAAUAUGAACGCUCUUCCCCCCACCCUCCGUCUCCAUUGCCCGCGAUGUGCGACCGUCCAGACCUCCGCAGACCCCUUCGAGAACCACCGUAGCGCUCGCCAGGAGUAA